GCUCCUGCAGAGUGCCCUGCUGCCCACUGUUCAGCGUUCGCCCCUCCUCGGCCGUGAGCUGCCAUCGUCCCGCUUCGCGGACUCCCGCGGGGUCUCUUGUUACAGGCCUGUGUGUGCCACGUGCCAUGGUGGCUCUGUGGACCCUCACUCUGGCCUUGGCCGCUGGCCUGGCUGCUACCAGCCCACCUAACAUUGUGCUGAUCUUUGCUGAUGACCUGGGCUACGGGGACCUGGGCUCCUAUGGACACCCCAGUUCCACCACCCCCAAUCUGGACCAGCUGGCCGCAGGGGGUCUGCGGUUCACGGACUUCUACGUGCCUGUGUCUCUGUGCACACCCUCCCGGGCUGCCCUCCUGACCGGACGACUCCCAGUUCGGAUGGGCCUGUACCCUGGCGUUCUGGAGCCCAGCUCCCGAGGGGGCCUGCCCCUGGAGGAGGUGACCCUGGCUGAGGUCCUGGCUGCCCGAGGCUACCUCACAGGGAUAGCUGGAAAAUGGCACCUUGGGGUGGGGCCUGAGGGGGCCUUUCUGCCCCCCCACCAUGGCUUCCAUCGAUUCCUGGGCAUCCCAUACUCCCAUGACCAGGGCCCUUGCCAGAACCUGACCUGCUUCCCGCCGGCCACCCCCUGCGAUGGCGGCUGCGACCAGGGCCUGGUCCCUGUCCCUCUGUUGGCCAACCUAUCGGUGGAGGCACAGCCCCCUUGGCUUCCUGGACUCGAGGCCCGCUACGUGGCCUUCGCCCGUGACCUCAUGGCUGAUGCCCAGCGCCAGGGCCGCCCGUUCUUCCUGUACUACGCCUCCCACCACACCCACUAUCCCCAGUUCAGCGGGCAGAGCUUUUCGGGGCGCUCGGGCCGAGGGCCGUUCGGGGACUCCCUGAUGGAGCUGGAUGCGGCUGUGGGGGCCCUGAUGGCGGCUGUGGGGGCCCUGGGGCUGCUCGGAGAGACACUCGUCUUCUUCACUGCAGACAACGGACCUGAGACGAUGCGGAUGUCCCACGGCGGCUGCUCUGGCCUCCUGCGAUGCGGAAAGGGAACCACUUUCGAGGGGGGCGUCCGAGAGCCUGCCUUGGCCUUCUGGCCAGGCCACAUUGCUCCCGGUGUGACCCACGAGCUAGCCAGCUCCCUGGACCUACUGCCCACGCUGGCAGCCCUGGCAGGGGUCCCACUGCCCAAUGUCACCUUGGAUGGCGUUGACCUCAGCCCCCUGCUGCUGGGCACAGGCAAGAGCCCCCGGCAGACCCUCUUCUUCUACUCGGCCUACCCAGACGAGGUCCGAGGGGUCUUUGCUGUGCGGAGCGGGAAGUACAAAGCACACUUCUUCACCCAGGAUGCGCCUCCCUCCCCAGGCUCUGUCCACAGCGACACCACUGCGGACCCUGCCUGCCACGCCUCUAGCCCUCUGACCGCCCAUGAGCCCCCGCUGCUCUUUGACCUGUCUGAGGACCCUGGUGAGAGCUACAACCUUCUGGGGGGCGUGGCUGAGGUCGCCCCGGAGGCGCUGCAGGCGCUGAAGCAACUUCAGCUGCUCAAGGCCCAGUUUGAUGCUGCCAUGACCUUCAGCCCCAGCCAGAUAGCCCGGGGCGAGGACCCUGCCCUGCAGGUUUGCUGUCAGCCCAGCUGCACCCCCAGGCCGUCCUGCUGCAGCUGCCCUGAGCGCCAGCCCUGAGAGCCCAGGCGGAGGCCAGCCCCGCGCCCUCGCCCCGCCCAGGCAUGGGAUGGUUGACUGCUGUGCCGUGGGCGUGGGUGUGUAGAGGCGGUUUGUACCCGAGAAUGCUAAUAACGCCAGCUGACACUUGUA